UCAAAUGCCCCACGACAUCCACACACAUGCAAUCCAUCGAGUACACUCCACUGCGCACAUCCAGCCGAGCUAGCUCGCGCGCGCGACACAGCUCUCCUCGGCGAGACGGCGACGUCGUCGUCGCCGUCGUUCGGUCCUACGUCGGCGGGCAUGGGAGGUGGCCGUGGUGGAGCUCCGGCGACGGCGAGCGCGCGUGCGCGGCGGCCUCAUCAGCCUCGCGUGCUGCUGCUGUGCAGCCCGUGCUUGGGCCACCUCAUCCCGUUCGCCGAGCUCGCGCGCCGCCUCGUCGCCGACCACGGCCUCGCCGCCACGCUGCUCUUCGCCUCCGCGAGGUCUCCCCCCUCGGAGCAGUACCUCGCCGUGGCGGCGUCCGUCCUGGCCGAGGGCGUCGACCUCGUCGCGCUGCCAGCGCCGGCGCCCGCGGACGCGCUCCCGGGUGACGCCUCGGUGCGCGAGCGCGCCGCGCAUGCGGUCGCCCGCAGCGUCCCGCGCGUCCGCGACGUCGCCCGGUCGCUCGCCGCGACGGCGCCCCUCGCCGCGCUCGUGGUGGACAUGAUCGGCGCCCCGGCGCGCGCCGUCGCCGAGGAGCUCGGGGUGCCGUUCUACAUGUUCUUCACCUCGCCGUGGAUGCUGCUGUCGCUCUUCCUGCACCUCCCGUCGCUCGACGCCGACGCGGCGCGCGCCGGCGGCGAGCACCGCGACGCGACGGAGCCGAUCCGCCUGCCCGGCUGCGUGCCGAUCCACGCGCACGAUCUGCCCAGCUCGAUGCUCGCCGACCGGAGCAGCGCAACGUACGCCGGGCUCCUGGCCAUGGCCAGGGACGCCGCGAGGGCCGAUGGCGUCCUCGUGAACACGUUCCGCGAGCUCGAGCCGGCCAUCGGCGACGGCGCGGACGGCGUCAAGCUGCCGCCGGUUCACGCGGUCGGACCGCUGAUCUGGACCAGACCGGUCGCCAUGGAACGGGACCAUGAGUGCCUGAGCUGGCUGAACCAGCAGCCACGUGGAUCCGUGGUCUACGUGUCGUUUGGGAGCGGUGGCACGCUUACGUGGCAGCAGACAGCUGAGCUGGCGCUCGGAUUGGAGCUUAGUCAGCACAGGUUCAUUUGGGCUAUCAAGAGGCCCGACCAAGAUACAUCGAGUGGAGCAUUCUUUGGAACAGCUAAUAGUAGAGGUGAAGAAGAAGGAAUGGAUUUUUUGCCCGAGGGAUUCAUUGAGAGGACUAGAGGGGUGGGGCUUCUGGUGCCGUCGUGGGCCCCGCAGACAUCGAUACUCGGGCAUGCAUCAAUUGGGUGUUUCUUGACGCACUGCGGAUGGAACUCUACGCUAGAGAGUGUUUCCAAUGGAGUCCCGAUGAUCGCAUGGCCACUCUAUGCGGAGCAAAAGAUGAAUGCAGCAAUGAUGGAGGUUCAAGCAAAGGUAGCCAUCCGGAUUAAUGUCGGAAAUGAAAGGUUUAUAAUGAAUGAAGAGAUUGCAAAUACGAUAAAACGAGUGAUGAAAGGGGAGGAGGCAGAAAUGUUGAAGAUGCGGAUUGGUGAACUCAAUGAUAAAGCAGUGUAUGCAUUGAGCAGAGGUUGUUCAAUCCUCGCACAAGUCACACAUGUGUGGAAAUCUACGGUUGGUUAAAAAUGAAAUGAUCAGUGGAAAUCAUUUUGUACUGUGUUUUUCAUAUUGCAAAUUUGCUUUGGUUGACCUUGUGAAAUUUAAUGCAGACUAUUUGCACUA